AUGACUAGGAUCUCCGAUCUUCCGGUAAAUUUGGUAGAGGAGAUCCUCUAUAGGGUUCCCUUGAAAUCAAUGAGAGCAGUGCGAUUAACUUGCAAAGAUUGGGACACUUUAUCCAAAAACAGAAGCUUUUCAAAGAUGCAUAUUGGUAAACUAAGGGCAGUAAAAGAAGGUGAGUCUCUGAUGAUCGCAAUGAUAGAUUACAAUCUAUAUCUCAUGAAGGUCACUCUCGUGGUCAAUGAAAAUCCAUUUAUAGAGUGUAAAGGUAAACUUAACAAACAAAAUAAGAUAUCUCAAGUUUUCCACUGUGACGGUUUAUUGUUAUGCGUCUUGGACGAUGAUGAUACCAAAGCUAUUGUUUGGAAUCCGUAUUGGUGUCAAACAAGGUGUUUAGAAUUUAGAUAUUCUCAUCGCCCAUAUAGACGGGACAUGUUCAGUUACGCUCUAGGAUACGAGGACAAGGUUUGUCGUAGCUACAAAUUCUUGAGGUUUAUAGAUCAGUGCGUUGACUAUAAGACCAGAGACGAAUUUUUAUGGUAUGAGAUUUACGAUUUCGACUCUAGUUUAUGGAAGACUCUUGAUAUCACUCAACACUGGCGUAUACUGUGUCAUCAGCCUGGCGUGUCUCUCAAAGGAAAUACUUACUGUUGGAGUGGGCUUAGCACAUGCCCAUUAAGAACUAAGCCUAAAAUCAGGUCCAAUCCGUUAAGCAAUAAUUGA